CCCCACCCUUUCUCUUCUCUCUCGUUUUUUUCACAAUAUUAUUCUCAAAAAUUACAUAAUAAAAAUAAAAUUAAAUAAAUAAACCCUAAGACCGUUUUUUAUAUUUGGGCGUUGCGUUGGACUCCAAAACGUCGUCGUUUUCCAAUGCGCCUCGCUACCUCUUCCAUCGAUCUUCUUUUAACUUUCUUACAUAUAAAUAUCUAAUUUUAUAUUUAUUAUAUAUAUAUUGACAGACAGGUAUCUUUCUAUUGAUUUCGUCUUCGAAAGAAAGAAAGAAAGGAAGAGAGGAGAAGAGGAAGAAGAUGAGGAUCCGGAAGAACGCGAAGGUCUCCCCUUUGCUAUUCUCUUCGCACGCUUCAGCUCCCGAGGUUCUGCAGUCGCACGUGUGCCAGCUCAACCAGUCUCCCUGGGAUGUGAUUCCUUUCGCCCAAUACUCUUUCUCCAACCAGACAGAAGGGGAUGAAGAUAGUUUCACCGGGAAUGGGAGCCUUGGCGAUUCUAAUAUUGGAGCAGUAGAGAGUGUGUCAUCGUUGAUGGACGUGGGCGAAGACCCUAUAAUGAUCAUUAAGGAUAAUAAUAAUGAUGAUAUUAUCGUCAAAAACGACAAUAAUAUUAUAUAUAAACAACUAUCGAACGACAACGAAUUACAUCGAGCUUCGUCCAGUAGUACUGUCGUUGGUGAAGUAUUAUUAUUGUGCCAGAAAAACGACGGCAAAGGAUGGCAAUGUAAAAAACGAGCUAAAGACGGUUACUCCUUUUGCCACCACCAUUUGACUCUCCUUAGGUCUUAUGCCCAUAACACUAAUAAUAGUACUAACUACGAUACUACUAUCACUACUACUUCUACUUCUACUAAGGCCAAAUCAGCUGCCGUCGACGCCACCGGAGUUCGCCGAACGAGGGGACGCGCCGCCGCCACCAAGAAGGGUUUGAAUAAUUCCACAAACCCAUAUGAAUUUUACUAUUAUUCUGGGUUUGGUCCUCUAUGGGGAAGGAAGAGAGGGGAGAGAGGUGAAGUUAGGGCGGCCACGGUGGCCGCCGCUGAGGAAGAGAAUAGCGAUUCAUCGGAUCAUAGCCCACCGCCACCACGGCCGCCGUCGUCGUCGAAUACGACGACUUUAAUGGAUAACGAUGAAUUCGACUAUGAUUUUGACGAUGACGAGGAUGAUGAAGAUACUGCCAGUGGCGAUAACGGUAAGAAACGGAUGCGGAAGCCGGUCAAGGCUCGAUCGUUGAAAUCCCUAAUGUAAAUAGUGAACCAAUUUUAUUUUAAGGGUUAACGUUUAAAAUUUUAAGCUUUUCUUUUCAAGUAUUAAUUAAUUUGUAUUGUAAUCGUAGUCGUUAAUUAAUUUCUCUUCUUAUAUAUAUGUUGUUGUAUUUAACAAAAAAUGAAAUAAGAAGAGAUUGACUGUUUUUGUGUUA